UUUCAGCUCGGUUUCCAUUCUGCCAUCUUUCUACUGCAUUUGCACACAGUUCACUGUAAAUUAAAGCAAUCAUGUCUCUGAAUCUGGCAAUCAUUGGGCCUGGCCUGGUCGGCUCAGAAUUCAUUUCUCAAGUUGCGAAAACACCGUACAUCAAACUGAUCGCGAUCGCCAACAGCACCCGGAUGCUUCUCCAUCAGACGGGGACGUCUGCCACGACUUGGAAAGCAGACUUGACAGCCUCGCAAACAGCUACUGAUUUGAAGGCCCUCAUUGACCACGCCGCUGCACGCCAACCUUGUGUUGUUGUUGAUUGCACUAGUUCGGAAGCCGUUGCGACCUCCUACCCAGAGUGGUUAGACAAAGGGUUGCACGUUGUCACGCCCAAUAAAAAGGCCUUCAGCGGGGAUUUGGGAUUGUGGAAGAAAAUUACAGAAAAUAAAAAGUCUCUGGUCUACCAUGAAAGUACGGUCGGGGCUGGACUCCCCAUCUUGAGCACCCUCAAAGACCUAGUCGAGACUGGAGACGAGAUUGUUCGAAUUGAAGGCAUCUUUUCAGGGACUCUAUCGUACAUCUUCAACAAUUUCUCUUCCACAGCGGGAUCCUCUGGCCAGUUUUCCAAGACGGUCACCGUCGCAAAGGAGCUGGGUUACACAGAGCCAGAUCCGCGAGACGACCUCAAUGGAAUGGAUGUGGCACGUAAGGUUGUCAUUCUUGGACGAGUGGCUGGGAUUGAUUUGGAUUUGAGCACCCUUCCUGUGGAGAAUAUUGUUCCGGAAGCACUUCGCGGUGUUCCCACUGCCGAUGAGUUUAUGUCAAAACUGCCCACCUUCGAUGAUCACUUUGAGCAGCUGAACCAAGCUGCUUUGAAGGAAAACAGUGUCCUGCGAUAUGUUGGACUUGUGGAUCCCAAUGGAAACAGUUCUGUAAAGCUAAUGAAGUAUCCUGCGAGCCAUCCUUUUGCUUCAUUGAAGGGAAGCGACAACAUCAUUGCGUUUACCACAAAGCGGUUCCCCAAUCCGCUCAUUGUCCAAGGCGCUGGUGCUGGAGCGGCAGUAACUGCGUUUGGCAUGUUUGCGGAUGUACUUAAGAUUGCCCGGAUUCUAGGAUUAGCUAAAUAGACUGAUUGAUGUACAGAUAGUACAAUAAGUCAUAACAGAAUAAAUAUUAACAUCAUCCCAUAUA